AUUUGACGGCAAUUAGUCACACCAGGCUGGAUGUAAAACAUGAACUAUUACAGAUUUAUUCAAACAACUAAAUUUUGAUACUUGUUUGCAUUUUAAAUCGGUACAUUUAGUCUGCAUUACUAUUUUCAUUUCAUGGGGAGAAAGAAAGCUAAAAGCAAGCAGAGUAAGUAUAAUUAUGAAAACAAUGUCUUAAAGUAAUUAAUAUAUAUAUAUAUAUUAUAUAUAUAUUAUAUAUAUAUAUAACAAUAUAUAAUUAUAAAUAUAUAUAUUUAUUAAUAUCAUUAGAAUUAGAAUUAGAGUAUCAAUUGUCAUUGAAUAUCAUGAAUUUGAAUCAUUCAAGAUGACAAUUUAAUUUAAGUUUUAAGUAUUUAAUCGCUCAGGGCAAAUGAUUUAAUUAAAUUUUAAUCAGCGUCUAAGACGUCUAAGUACCAAAUAAAGUUCUAUCUAAAACUUAUUAUUACAGAAACUGAGAAAGGCUAGGGCCUAUACUAUUAUUAUUAUCAUCAUUAAUUUCAUUUAAAAAAAAACAACCUGAUUUGUGUAUUGUAUAAAGUUACCAUUGAGUUACAGUUGCCUGUACUGUAUUAGAAAUUAAAUUAGUAAUUAUUAGUAUUCCUGUUUAAAGUACCGGUAUUAAUAAUUAAAAAUAAGUCUUCACUGACUUAACUGAACUGCUGUUACUGUUGGCACUGUUGGAAAUUAUAAGAAACUCUCUGAUUAAACUACACACAGUACACAGGGUGCAGGGUAGGGGAAAACUUUCAAAAACCUGCAAACUAACUUUAACUAAGAUAACAAAAUAUCGAUACAAAAUGGAGCAUGCAAUAUGUAGGCCUAUCACUAUCUGAAAAGCCUUCUUUGGCGUACAGUCAGUAGGUUAGGGCCUAAGUAUAUGUAUAGCCUAGUCUUACAGUUUACUUAAGUUACUCUAAUAGCUAAUAAAUAUCAUAUUACUGUUUGGCCUUUACAACUGAUGUGUGAUACGUUUUAACCCCCUUUGAUCUGUUGUUGAGUGGUUCUGGCUCUUGUUGCCUAGGCCUAGGGUCUCCAACAGGACUCCUCAAAGAAACAGUAACGCCAACGCACACUUAUAAUUGUAAUAUUCUUGAAUAUGUCCCAUUGCCCAUUGGUCUAGCACACCAUGUAUUGACCGUACUUCUCAUAUGUUUACAUCAUUAAAAUCAUAUCUAACUCUAUCAUGGCACAAUGAUGCCUGACACUAUGAAAUCCUUAACACAACUAGGGUUCAGGACUUUCAGUCUAAUCUCUCCCUAAUCAACACUGGACAAAUAAAUAGAACAAGAUGUAUGGGAUCACUAAGAGAACUAACUAACUUCUUGUGGUCUCACUCACACACCAGAUGUACCUCACAAAUGUUUAUUGCUAUUUCCCUUUUAACUAAGACUAUGACUUUAGCUCAACCCCACAACAAAGUUCAGCCUAGACACAGUGAUUCUUAUACCUUGAUAAUAGUAAUAUAAUACUGUUAAUAGUACCAAUUAAUAACUUAUCAAAAAUAGUAUCCUAGCAUAGGGCAGUAUGGACUAUUGGCUAUAGUCUAUAGCUCAAAUAAUUUUUGCUUUGCAGGUUUGCUAUACUUUUUUUAGAUUGAAUGUUAAUUACAAAAAUAGUCUUAACAUUAAUAUGAAGCCUUGAAAUGAAAGGGCCUAUUUUAAUUAUCUUGAAGGAGUUGAAAGAAGUAAUGUGUUCAUCCCUUCUAAUUCUGAAUUCAUUACUUUUCAGACAAAAAAUCCAAAGAUGUGAAGAAGAUUACGAAACUUACUACUGCUGUUGAAGAUAUUCCACCAGAAAAAUCUAAUCAACAACCUUUAGACAAGUUGCUAGAUAAAGUAUGCAGAUCAAAGUCAGGCAUGCCCAUAUUAGUCAACUACACUAACUGCUACUCAAUCAAAAACAUAAAAAUAUUUCAGUUUUUAGCUCACACAUAAUGCCCAUAUUAAUUAAAAUAAUUUUGAUAUUAGUUUUUAUUACAUUUAUCUCAUUAAACACAUUUUUUUAUCUUUCCUUUUUCAUGAAAAUUUUUCUCAUUUUAAACUAAGCUGCAAUUUAGUUAUAUGUUGUUUUAAAAACUUUUACUACACUUAAAAUGAGCUUAUUCAAAUCGCUUUCUUUAUAUUUCAUCUUAAAAAUUUCCUUUAUUUCAAAACUUUUCUUGUGUGAAAAAUUAUAACAAGUUUUCUUACUAAAAUUCUUAUGGUUUAUAUUUGAAAAAUAUUAUAGAAUUGUCCAUCCUUCCUUAGGCUGAGCAACUAAUUGAUGAGUUUAAUUAUGAGCUCGCACAGAAGUUUUGCCAGCGAGCAUUGGAAACAGAUCCAGACAAUGUCAGAGCAUUGGAAACAUCAGCAUCUCUCUUGGUGGAACUUGGGAAUGUAGAUUCAGCAAAACAAGUAAAUAUUUGCCAUAUUUUGUUGAGCCCCGUUUUGGAAAUACCCAGAGCCAUCGCAUGACUUUUGGUGGGCCCCCUGUGACUUUUCAGUUUUUGCUAGUUAACUACUUAAAGCAAUUUAAAAUACUUUCCAUUAAAUUUUGUCCACAUCUUAACUUUGAACCCCUGAAAUAUAUGAGGCCCCCUGCAGCCACAGGGAUCGCAGGGCCCACAUGACCUCUCUGGAAAUACCAUCUAGUGCUCUCUUUGGCUCUUUCGUCUUUGUUUAUAGUUUUAAAGGAUUAACAGAAAAUGACUUUAAAUUUUAAAAAAAUAGAGAAAAAAAUAUUGCUAAAAUAAUAUUUAAAAAAAAACAUAGUUCUUGUUACUAUUUAAUAUCUUCAACUUUUUGGGAUAAUUUUUAUUUAAGGCCUAAGUAAUGAUUUGUGUCGUUCUAACAUAAAUUAUGCCAUUUCAUGAAAUGGAUUACAAUAUAUUUUUUAUCUGUAAACAUUUGAUAAAAACUUAAAUGGUGUUACAAAUUAUAUAGUUUUAAAAAUUCACGUUAUGACUAGGUUGUGUUUUUUUUUUUACAGAUAGGACUAAUAUGUUGUUUUUUUAAAAUAACUUGUUUCUACUUUAUAUUGCCAGUGUCUUGGUCGAGCCAUUGAAUUGUCCCCAGAUUCUGGCUUUUCGAAAUAUAUGACUUUAGGUCAGCUAAUGGAAGGAUCAACAGCUGUGGAAUGCUAUCAGAAGGGCAUUGAACUCAUGAUCAAAGAAAAGCAAGAGAAAGAAGCACAAGAGGUAGUUGAAGCACAAUCCUUUUGAGAUGCAAUUUUGACUGACAUAUCUAUGAUUAAUUAAUGAGCUUCUAUUUGAUGUUUUGCAAUUUACAAUCCUCAUUUAAGUAAAAAUUCCAGGUCAAAGAGCUGGGCCGAUGAAAAUGAAUGCUAUCAUUAAUUUGUCAAAAUACAUGUCAGAGAUUAAGUGCUUGAAUGAACAAAAAGUAGAUUUUAAAAAAAAAGGGAAACAGUCUGAUCGUUGGAACUGAACAUCCUCAGCUUAGUCCAUCCUUGUGUAUUUCCUACAGGUGGCAGCAGCAUGCAACAACAACAGCUCAGUGUCAGACAGGGAUAUUUCUAGUGCUUAUUGUGCUAUAGCUGAAAUUUACCUAACAGAUUGUUGGUGAGCAUAUAACAUAUAUGUUGUUGACAAUACUCUAUUAUUAAAAAGAAAAGCCAGAUUUAUUCCUUCAAAGAGCCACAUGCUGACCACUGCUCUAAGCCAAGUGUACUUACACUACAAGCUUGCAACUCUGUUUAUUUAUAUGAAGAAAAAUAACACUAUUUAAAGAUGUAAGCCCACUACAAAAAUGACAUUUUAUUCGAAUUGUAGUGGAACUAAUCAAAUGAUUUUCACAUUGGCCUGAACAACUAAUAUAGUUUUUUUUAAAUGAAACAGUCGGGGUCAAAACAUUUAUUUGUAUUUUGUAAAUAAAAGCUUUGUAUCAGUCUAUCAAUCGAUCAGUCAAUUAAUCAAUCAGUCAAUCAAUCGGUCAAUCAAUCAGUCAAUCAAUCAGUCAAUCAAUCGGUCAAUCAAUCACAAUCAUCCUUUCCUUAUAAUAUGUGUUGGUUUGUUUCUUUUUGGUUUGUUUUUUCAAUGCAAUUGUUUUUUAAAGUUUUGAUGAAGGUGCAGAGGAAAAGUGUCAAGAGUUUGUUGAAAAAGCCCUGGCAUCAGAUCCCGACAAUGCUGAGGCACUUCAAAUUAAAGCUAACUACCUGCUCUCCAAAGAUAACCAAGAGGUAGUCAUGUUUGAAAUGAUCAGUUUUUGUUCUCAGAACGAGCUAUCUCCUCCGAACACUAUUUUAUUUCAAGUACUGCAAGCAUUUUAAAACAAACAUAAACCAUAAGUAAAACUAAAGCAUGAUUUGUGAAGCCACUAAACUUACAAAGGUAUGAAAUAUUAACCGUCUUUGCAAUCUCUUUUCCUUUGUUGUUAGGAAGCUAAAGAGCUGAUUAAGAAAAGUGUGUCGCUCUGGCUACCCAAGUUACAAGCGGCAGAUACAGCAGAUGUUCCAGAUGAAGAUUUUGAUCCAGUUGAGGUAACAGUAAGAGUUUGAUCCAGUUGAGGUAACAGUAAGAGACAGAAAGAGAAGAAAAUGAAUUCAGGUUUUUAUUGGUAGAAACAGUUUUUGUAAAAAUUGCAUAAAUAGUCUUAAGUUGUGUACAUUAGGUGCUGAUGUCAAAUUUGGUUUUGUAUUUAUUUCAGUUAUGUCAAAUACCUUAUACUACAAGAAUUCAGUGUGGAAAAAUACUUAUUGAAGUUGAAGAAUAUGAGGUAAUGUCUGAAGGCAAAUGCCUGUAAAUUUGUUUAGAAAAUAUUCCACAAUUAUUUCUUAUUAACUUGACCAAGAUAGUCUGUUUUGGUCAACCCAUUUGCUACUGCUACUAACCUCUAACUCUGAAACAACUACUGGGCUUGAGGCAAAGGAGAUAAUUCUUAACAGUAAAAUCUCCUCAAUGUUAUAAAAAUAAUUGUUUGAGCCACUAAACGACAUGCAAUUUCAACAAAACAAGAAUUUAAAAAUAGAAAAAUGUAUGACAUUUCUAAAGAUGUAUAUUUUUUUAUAAUUUUGUGUACGAUUCUUUUUACCAUUAAGCAUAUAUCAAGUUUGUAAAAUUUUCGCGGCAUUUUAGAGGUUUGCAGUGAUUUUUAGUUGUUUUUUUUUAUUUUUAGAAUCAGUAGCCCUUGUAAAUUGUGUAUUGCCAGUUUUUGUUUCCUUGGUUCUACCACUGUCCAUCUUGUCAUCAUCAUUUGAACACUGAUAGCAUCAACAUUUUGUGCCAAGUAUGUGUCUCAACAUUUGGUGACAGCUGUAUGGUAUCUCUGUUUGUUUCCAUCACCACCAUGGGAUAAAGCUGUACCAUUUCAUUCUCAUAAACUGUGUGAAAUAAUCUGCUGUCAACAGUUAAAUAGCAAAGCUAUCAAUGAAACCUUUUAUCUCACUAGAUCUCUCAACCUGAUCAGCAACACUCGGUGACAGUGUGUCACAUUGUCAUCAGACCCCUCCAGUAGCAUUCUUCAAAGUUGAUAAUUCUUCUCAAUAUUUGUAUUGAGUCUAUUUCUGACUCGGUUUCAUUUCCUGUAUUAUUGUUGAAUGAAUGUCUGUAUUAAAUAGAGACACUGAACCAGCAAUCAAUCUCAAAUAUCAUAGCAAUAAAUUCUCAUACAGCACUAUCACAAAUUCACUAAUACCAGUCAAAAUUUACCACUCAAAGCUCACAAACCAAAAGAGACAAAAACAUCAAUUUUUUAAAACAAACUUACUUAACUUCCUACUUUUAAAGUCCCAAAGGUAUUCAGAUGGAAAUAAUGCUUCUCGCAAGAUCGACUGGUAUAUAUUGGUCGCUAAGCAAUAUGACGCAUUGUGUUGAAUUAGAAGUGUGUGUGAGGGGGGGGGUGUCCAUUAGUUUGUCUAAACUAAAGUUUAAUGUAACGUUGGUCAUCUGUAGUUGGCUACUGAUGUGCUAGAGACAUUACUAGAUGAAGAUGAUGAAGUCCCUGAUGUCUGGUACUUGAUAGGCUGGGCCAACUACCUUCAAGGAGAAGAAUAUUAUAGCAAUGCUAGGCACUACCUGCACAAAGGAAAGGAGGUUAGUAGAGAGUAUCAUUUUAGAUAAAGAAAACCAUUUUUUAAAAUAUGACUUUGUCACAUUCUCAACAGGGAAUGACAAGAAAAUAUUUUAAUGUUGUGAUGAAAUUACUUGUGUUACGUAAUUUAGGUGUAUAACACUCGUAUGAGUUAUCACCUGCUCAUGUCUAGGGGUUUUUUGUUUGCUCUAAUCCACCAUCAAGGAAAAUAUUUUCAUUCAUAUGCUCUUCUGUGUAAUGAAAAAGAAGUCUAUAACCACUUUCAUUCAAAUGAAACAAACCUAUUUAUUUACAUUAAACUUACUAAACUUAGAAAUCACAAAUCUUAAAAGGAUGAAAUCAAUUGCCUAUACGAAUGGCUUAGAUCAACAUUUGCUUAUAAUUUUACAAUAUAGUUACUAUGGAUAUAGGCCUCCCUUAAUAACUUAACAUUUCGUCAUCAUAAGUCGUGUUUUGUAAUGAGACAAAUAUGUUGUGACCGUUACAACUCAUCUUGUCAAUAUUAAACAAUUGAUGAUCUGGAUUGAUCGAUCAAUAGGUGAGGUCACUUCUUAGGUGGAAGUGGAUCCUCCAGUCCUUUCCUUUGUGGCUUCUCAAAGGGGGGGGGGGGGAACAAAAAGGGGAUAUCCAAGCUGUACUUCGUGGGAUGGACUUCCCAGAUGUGUGUCGUAGGUUUAGGGUCCUAGAAACUAUCUGAUGCAGGCACACAGUCUGGUAUAGGGAUGUGAAGUGUAGCACUGGGUGGAAUCCUCAGAAUCAAGCCUUAGGGUUAUCCUCAUUACAACUGCUCAAGUGCUGUGCUUUCUUGCUACACAGCAACUGAUAUAUAUAUAUAUUAUAUUAUUGAUGAUCUGGGCUGAUCGGUCAAUGCAUGAGGUCACUUCUGUAGUUGAGGUGGAUCCUCCUCUCCUCACUUUCUCAGGGUGGGGAAAGAUGUGGUUCCAGCUGUCUGUUGUGGGAUGGACUUCCCAGUGGUGUGUCAUGAGUGUAGAGUCCUAGAAACAUGCACUCCUAUUUGACGCAGGCUCACAAUCUGAUAAGUGAAUGUAAGCGCUCUGGGCUUAUCCUCAGUCCACGAGCAAGGGAGCAUUGGUUUCUUGUAAUGUGGCAACCAGGUAGGUAAAUUUGCCAGUUGAUCCUUCUCACGCUAGGGAUUUUCAAGUCAUAGUGAGUUGUUCCCUGGGCUUGGUGAAAUGUGAAAAGAUCAAAAUUUUGUUCUCCCCUCUAUGUAAUCUAAUGUUUGGCUGACCAUAAUCAUGUGGUUGAUCAUGACCAAUGACAUAGCUUGCACUGGCAGGAUAAUGACCAAUGACAUAGCUUGCACUGGCAUGAUAAUGACCAAUGACAUAGCUUGCACUGGCAUGAUCAUGACCAAUGACAUAGCUUGCACUGGUGUGAUCAUGACCAAUGACAUAGCUUGCACUGGCAUGAUAAUGACCAAUGACAUAGCUUGCACUGGCGUAAUCAAGACCAAUGACAUAGCUUGCACUGGCGUGAUCAUGACCAAUGACAUAGCUUGCACUGGCAUGAUCAUGACCAAUGACAUAGCUUGCACUGGCGUGAUCAUGACCAAUGACAUAGCUUGCACUGGCGUGAUCAUGACCAAUGACAUAGCUUGCACUGGCCUGAUCAUGACCAAUGACAUAGCUUGCACUGGCGUGAUCAUGACCAAUCAUUUUCUGUGAGACAUGAAAUACACACACUUGUAAACACAUCAUUGUUGAUCAACCUAAGAAGUGACCUCACCUAUUGAUCGACCAUUGCCCAAAAAACAAUUGAAUUGUCAUUUUAUGUUUUUUAGGCUUGAAAUUUGUUUAAUUUUUUUCAUUUGUUUAUUUGAGAAGUUGAGCAAUAUGAAGAACAUGUGCAUUUUGUUUUCGUUCUAAGGUGUACAUUAAAAUAAAAUAUCAGGAUGAAGCUUUACUAGGACACAUAGAUGAACUUUUGACAGAAUUAGGUCCAGGUAAAUAUUAAUUCUCUCUCUUAUUGUUAAUAAUGAGUUUACAUAUCAGUCUAUAUUUAAUUGCUUUUAAGUGAGGGUUGGGUGCACAAGGGUUAACACUAGUAUUUGAAUCCAACAUCAAAUGUACAGAAGCUUGAAAAAGGUAACUUCUAUUUGUAAGGAUAGAUUGUGUUCAGAAUGUUCACUGUGCAAUAAUUAUUGUCUUAUGACUUUGAUUUUACUUUUCAGAACCAGUUGAUCCAAAUGAUGCAGGAGAACUUGUAGAUUUUGAAAGUUCUGAUGAAGAAGACAUGGAUCAAUAGAACUUAUUUGUUUGAUGUUGAAAUAAAAAAUCCUUGAAAUACUUG